AUGCUACCGAGAGUUUCAUUAAGUAGAGUUGUGUCACUGGCGCGUUCUGCGUCUUCUCAGGCACGCGGGCGACAGAGCAUCUUGCAGAAGAAACCGGAUGACGUUGUCAUCACCUUCGCACAGCGCACUGCCGUGGGGAAAGUUAGGAAGGGACAGCUCAAGGACAGCCCGGUUGACGAGAUUCUACUUGCGUUGUUUAAGGCGACGUUAGCGAAGACCAAGUUGGAUCCGGUACAAAUUGAUGAUAUCUGCGUCGGAACAUGUCAUCCACCAUCUCCGCUCUAUGUAUCCAGAGCAGCCGCAAUGGCAGCGGGCAUUCCUGCCGAAGUCCCUAUUUCCACCGUAAACCGACUUUGCUCCUCUGGACUUAUGUCCGUUAGGAAUAUUGCACAUCAUAUCCAGGCCGGAGAAGCUUCUCUCGGUAUCGCUGUUGGUGUUGAAAGCAUGUCAUUGAAUCCCAGGCCAACACCAGAAAUUUGCGAUGAUCUUCAACUCAGAACUUGUCUACAACUGUCAGAACUACUAAUACAGGCUUACUAUAGUAGUUUACAAACUCAAGAAACACUUGGACCUGUUUCAGGUUCUGAGGCUCAAAAAGCAGGUAUAUUUAAGGACAAAAUCAUCCCAAUUGAAAUCGGUGGAAAGCAGAUCCACGAAGAUGAUACUAUUCGACCUGGAGUUACCGCAGAGUCACUAGCAGGUCUUAAGCCUGUCUUUCCCGACUGGGGCAGCGGAGUGACUACUGCAGGUAACGCGAGUGGUAUUGGUGACGGAGCAGCCCUCUGUAUUUUGACUACACGCGAGCGAGCAGAGAAAGAAGGUAUGGAAAUUCUUGGGAAGUGGGUGGCAUCGUCAGUAGUUGGUGUCGAACCAAGAUAUAUGGGAAUUGCGCCAAUACCUGCUAUUGAAAAGCUACUGAAACAGACGGAUCUUAAAAAGGAGGAUGUUGACACUUGGGAGAUUAAUGAAGCCUUUGCCUCACAAUUCGCGUACUGCGUGGAGCAACUUGGCAUUCCUAUUGAAAAGAUAAAUGUAAAUGGAGGAGCUAUCGCUUUGACUCACCCCUUAGGAAUGACCGGUGCAAGGCAGAUUGUCACUGGACUCGCUCAAUUGCGCCGUCAAAAUGGACAGAUUCUCUGCACGAGUAUGUGCAUCGGCAGCGGCAUGGGUGCUGCUGCGAUUUUUGUCAACGAGGCUCGAUGAUUAGGGUUAAGCAAAUAAAUAUUCUAACAACUACUUUCUUGGAAGACAUUGGACGUAUGCUAAUGGAUAAACACUUUUCUU